AAGGACAAGUACAGAUUAAGAAAAAAAGGAACAGAGAGAGGAGUGCAGUGAGGAGAGAAAAAGACAGCUUUUGCAGAGUGAAAGACUCCAAAUCUUUUUUCUCCCCAGGGUAUUUUCCUGAGCCUCACUCAUCAGUCUGGGCAGGAAUCGCUCGUCACUCUUUUCCUACCUCCCUCCUCUCCCCCCUUUAUUCCCUCCUUUCUUCCCUCUCUCCCAGCCGUGGAGCGUCACGAGAGCCACGCGAUGAGAAUAGAAUCAGAAGGGAGAGAGAGAGAGUGAGAGUGAGCAAGAGAGGGAGAGAGGAACGAACCAGGGAAGCGAGAGACUUACACACACCACAAGCAUUGGAAAUUGAAGGAGUUGGUGUGCAGCUCGCAAGAAGGCAGAGUCUGUGUGGACGGGCCCAGGGGCUGCACAGCUCCAGUGCUCUCUCUGCUUCUAACGUGUGCUGAGCCCUGCUCUGCUGUGCGCUCCACUACGCUCUACGCUGCUAGCCUGUGUGACUGGCUGUCUGCACUCAGCUGAGAAAGAGAGAGAGAAAGGGAGAGCAACUACUACUGCUACAGAUGCGAGGCUUUCCCCAGUGCUGGCUAUACUAUACCGCUCCUGAGGACUCCCAGACGGUAAAUUGACAGAUUGGUGGUCCACGAUGAGAGCGGAGAGAUAAUCGCGCAGAGAGCCGCCCUCCCAUCCCUGCCGUUUGUACCAAUGGAAGCAGUGUAUUGAUCCAUACUCCCAGACUCAUCAUGCCUCUGCCUCACAGAUAGCAUCUCUGAGGACCAGGCCUGCCCAGCAAGCCUCGCCUGCACCAUGGCAGGAGAGACUCAGCACACGUACCCUGUCAAAAAGCUGGAUGCUGAGUUCAAACUGCAGGAUGAGGGUACUGCACUGGAGCAGUACAGUAGCAGUGAGAAAGCCACAAAAGAGUCUUCAGAGCACUUCUCAAGUUCAGACGUGGAGGAGAGGACAAUCAGCAGAGGGGCCAAGUUUGUAGACAAAGACAGAGACUAUACUCAGCAGCGCGAGGCUGUGAUCCGACCUCAGCAGGCGGGGAAAAUAGACUUCAAGUCACUGCAGAACAAGCCUAAGUUCGCCAGCAACAGGACGUGGCCCAGUGGCAAAGGCAGCCCCCAAUCCCCCAGCGGAAAGAACCGGAGCCGAGACAAGGGUAAGAGGUCAGGGAAGUCGGAGCGCGGUAACCCACAGCAGCUAUACAGACUCAGCAUCACCAACCCACGCUCUAACCCUACAAUCGGCAUCGCCUACCCACAGCAGAAGGUCUCGCCACCCAAGAAGCUGGAGGCCAGUCGAGGCCCUGUGUCGGGCAGCUACAGGUUCCACGUGCCCAGUAUACCAGAGCGAGAGGCCGAGCUGCAGCAGGAGGAGCUCAACUACAGCCGGUGCUUUCAGGACACCUCCUCCAAUCUCACCUCCCCAAGCUACACCUCACAGGCACUGGGAACCACAGGUGGGACAUCCACCCACCAGCAGACACCCCAGCAGCAGCAGCAACCAGGCCCAAUGGAGAACAAUAAUAACUCACAGCCAAGCGGCCAGCUGCUCUUCCCAGACUUUCAGUUGAGUGGCUCCAAUGACUGGCAGUCUCCAGAGAGGACUUUUAAUGGUUCUAACUAUGGGAUUUCCUCACAAAAAUCCACAGUUCUCUCGGAGGUGAACAAGGCAAAUGGCAGCUUUUUGCCAUUUCAGUACGGAUACCUCUUAUUGGAAGACUCAAACCCAGACCCUUUUCCCUGUGAUCAGAACCCCCAAUCCCAGGACUAUAUAGACUCCUCUUUGACUCCUGCCCAGGUGACUCUUAACUCUUUUACCUUUCAGACAUCUGUGGAGGGUCAGGAGGGGGUUCAGAAUAACACUCAAUUCAACAGUGACCAGCGACAGGACAGGUCUUCCUACCCCCAUCCUCCACAGCCACCACAGUACCUGCAAGCACCACAAGGGGCCGCGUCCUCUAUGCACUGCACCAGGGGCCUGAGUGAGGACUCAGCUAGUAGUGAGAGCUCUGGCUCUAUCUCCCAGCAGUCAGAUCAGGGUAAGAGUUCCCUGCCAGAUAGCACGGACACUUUCGUCCAGGCAGACAAUCGGGAUGUACCCCUCACUUCAGGGAGCAAGAGGAGUUGCCACCCCAAAGACAGUGCUGCCAGCCAGAGAACACACAUUCAAGCCAGUGUACACCAUGCCAGAAAUAUUGCACAAGGUCCAAACUCCCAAAUGCACUUUUCAAACAAAGCCUACAACAGCAGCCCUCCACUCAAUAGCAUCCACAUGAGCUCUGUGCCUUUUGACAAAAGCGUCAACACCAAGCCCCAUAGUAGGUUACCACACUCAUGGGAGGGACCGAAUAAGACCUUUUCACCAGCAGACCAAAACACUAUGACUUAUCCUAAUAUGAAUGACAAGUUUCAGAACCAGCCAGCCGUCGAUCAAAGGCCAAACACAUCCAAAAGCAGUAGGAUGCCAUGGCAGCAGAUACGCCUAACUUCUGUCAUGCCAAACCAAAACAGGAUAGAGUUGUCUAGGCAACAAAGCAACCAAAAGCUCACUUUUAUGGUAGCACCCUCUGACUGGCAGGAUGACACUAAAUCACAUAAGAAUGGCUCACUGAAAAGCCCCAGCUCCUUCCAAAACAAUAGACCUAGUGAAGGUCUAUCAAACCCAAGGCAAGAGAGUGUCAAACAGGGCUGCAGUACAAUACCACAUUUUAAAGUUGAGACAAGUCACGCAAAGGUCUGUGAGUCCAAGAAUAAGCCCAUAUAUUUUGGAAUGAACCAAUCAGUACCUGGGGCAUCAUCAAGUACAUAUGGAUAUCCACCAUUGCAGGUCCCACCAAUGGGACUUAUGAUGGUGUCACCAUAUGACUCUCCCUCGCCCUCCCCAAUCCAUAACCCAGCCUCUAGCAGCACAUGUUCCUCACUCUCCCCAGCCUCAACAAGCCCUGUCAACCUCUCUGAGGACAGUCAGAUAUCAAAGACUGGGCAUCCCCCUCCAUUUUAUCACCAGCACCAACUGAAGGCACAAGGACCCACAGAUCACCUCAGCACUAACUCUCACCAUUUCCACUCAGACGCCUCCCGUAAUCUGCCUUUCGCCCCAGAGAGGGAAAAAGAUGACAUGAUGAACUACCUGCAGAAUAACGAACAUCAAAAGCCUAGUAUGGAAGGCAACAAGGGCUAUAUGGAGGGCUUUGGGGUGGAGCACCACCCACCUCCACCACCAUACUCUGCACAUCAACUGUUAGCCACGUCAUUAGCCACGGCAAACCUUGACCAACUGGAUGUGCUUCUCACGUGCAAGCAGUGUGAUCAGAACUUCACUAACCUGGCCUCAUUCCUUGGCCAUAAGCAAUACUGUGGACAGCAUGCGUUUUCACAGAAAGUGGAUGACACCAGAACAACUCCAGGAAGUUCAACACAGUUUCACAAUGACAUGACAAAAGAUCCAUCCUCUGGGACCAGUUUAUGUCAACGUGUCUCCAUGCCAAGGUGUCCAACUGACCUUCACCUGUCUCUGCUGGGGCUCAAUAAGAAUGGAGAGCUGAUGUCUGACAGCGAAACAAAAGGAGAUUCUAAGGAUGACCCCAUGAAACUUAACCUGUUCACUGGGGCAGGUAACCUUCCUGUCGCUCUUCCUGACUUGGAGAUGGAGGAUGCAAAAUUAGAUAGCCUAAUCACUGAGGCUCUAAAUGGACUGGGCUAUCAGUCAGACAAUGCAGAGAUUGACAGCAGCUUCAUUGAUGCAUUCACAGAUGAUGAUCCCGCCACUGUCAAAGUAUCGUCAAACAGGCAGACUCUGAAAACCAAAGACUCAAUGGUCUUUGAGGGCAAAAUCAAACAAUCUACUGAAAAUGAUAGGUCUCUGACACAAGGAAAAUAUCUUUAUGACUCAGACAAAGCGAGCCUUCAGACAGAAAACAACCACACAGUAAGCAAACUUGAGAAGACCACUCUGAAUUUUGAGCAGGAUGAGAAAAUCAACAUCAAAAAAGAACUCUCUCAUAUAAAUUCAAGGAUCGCCUCAGGAGAGAAACCGAGGGAGCAAGAAAAUAAAGUGAAAGAUAUAAGAAAGCUGUGCAAGAGUGAAAAGGAAAACACUAACACUCCAAGGUUCCUCUUAUCCAGCACAUUUUCAGAACGUUGUGGAGUUCGAAGCCUCCGGGAUAGCUCUUUGUUGAGUGGCUCAACCUCUUCCCAAGUCUCCUCGGCAAACAGGAGUUCCCCAACCCCAAAGAUUACAGCAAGGGAGAAUAAAAGGAAAAGGACCGGUGCCGGUACCUGGAGCAAAGAACUCAUCCACAAAAUAGUUCAACAGAAAAACAAGUUACACAAGCUCCAUGUAAAAGGCACCAAAAACCUCCAAUUCUCACUGGUGAUGGAGAGAUUGACGCCCACAGUGCCAAACCCUACAUUUGGGGAGUACGACUAUGUCUCAGACUCAGAUGACGAGUCUGAGCCUGUGAAGAUAGCAAGCCAAGGUCGCCUGAGGCAAAGCAGCCGCUGCAAGUACACCUACACAAAGGAGUGCAAAUGGAGGGCUAGGAGUGACAGGGACAGUGCAGCAUGGAGGCACGAGUCAAAAGAGUGCUUUGAGGUGAAGAAAGCUGAAGAUGUCUCCUUGUCUCUAGAGAAACCUGGCUCUCACCAGAGACUUCGGAGGAGAGGCAGCAGGUCAUCCACUAGCAGUGAAGUCAGCACGUCUGUGAGUAUCUCCAGCGAUGGCAUCAACAGCCCCAAAAGCACUGACCGCACAGACUCAGACUGUGAGAAAAGGGUGGAGAUCAGGAGGAAAGACUCUUCCGAGCAGAGAACCUACGAGCGAUCUCCACAGAAGUUAUCCAAAGAGUCUAGCACACAACUAGCACUGACAUUCACCAAAUCUACUCAGAGGUAUAGCGCUGAUAAGACUUUCGUCUCUACUAAUAAAGACACGUCAAUGGCCUUAAGUAUCACUAACUCGAACAUUGAAGAUGUUGAUCCAGUAUCAGGGCUACUAAAGGUGGGGAGUGCAGUGAAAACCCUUGAGAAAUGCAGAAGCACAGACGUGUCCUCAAGGGAGAAGGACGACUCAUUUAGCAGAGAAACUGAAACGAAAGCAAGUUCAGACAAAAACACACCACUGAGGACAGCCGUCAAGAUCUCCAAAGGGGAAUCAAUACAUUUUCAGUCUAUUAGUUCUGAUCUCAAAUCACAUCAGCUUCAAUCAGCACAUCCUGCCACAAACAACAUGGAAGCACAUUCGUAUAAUAAAUUCAAAAAAGAUGAAACCAUCUCAAAGGAAAAAUCUGUACACAAAAGGCGGGAUAGCGUGGGAUGUCAAUCUAUACAGCCGCAUUCAAAGCUAUCAGACAUUUCUAUGUUUGACAAACACAAUGAGAGUGUCUAUCCAAUGAAAGAUCCAAUGACUUUCACUAAUGACUUAGUCCCCAAGUCCACAACUCUUUGCAGUGCACUCAUGGAUGAAGUGUGCCUGUCUCCAAUUGAACUUCAGGAGCCUCUGACACAGAAAGAUACAUCAGAUCUGAUCCCAUACCCCCUAGAGCAGGACCAGAGUCUUAUGAAGUCUCCUCUCUCAUUUGACACAUCGUCAAUGUUCGGGGACCUCUCAGUGGCAGGAUUUGAAAAUGGCCUCUACACUGACAUUCCAUUGCACAAAGAAGGUUUCAACUCCUUAAAUACCACCAAUGACAAAAAGGAGGUGUUUAGCGCAUCAUCCUUUCUUUCUCCUUUCCUUUCAGAUUACAAUCAUGUUCCUUUGUCUCUGCCAGACAAAAUAAUAGACUACAGUACAAAUCUCAACAGCUGUGCGUCAGAAGAUGAGCUAGAGAUAAAGAGGAUUGUGACCGAGUUGGAAAAUCAGCUCCAGACAGCCAAGCUGAGUCCACCACUGCUUACUGAGGAGUCCCCAAAGCAGCUGAAGAUGAGCAAAUUCUCCCCUCUGCGUCUGGACGACGAAUCUGAGAAUGAAGACACUGGUCUAGAUAUGGGCUGCCCUGUGCAAAGCAUGGCGCUGGCAGUGUCAAUUAUGCCAUCUGACCCACAUUCAGAGUCCUUUGCUGAGCAUAGUCUACCAUGGUCCAGUCCAUUUGAGUUUGAGUUGAUGGAGGGACAGCAUACUCCAACACAUGACGAACCCAUUGUCCUUGAACAAUUUAGCAAGAAGGAUGAUCGUGAACACAGUAUGACAACUACAACCUCAAAUACAGAGAAAGUGAAAGAGCAACUGAAACAGGAGGACCACAGAGAUGAAGACAUGGAUGUUGACAAGAGAACUGACAUAGAGAAAUCUGAGGAGAUUCUAGAGAGUAAGACCUAUGCAGAAAACCUGAUGAAAAGCCUGGAAGUGAUAUCAGAUUCCAUUUUCAAAAAUGAUCCCAUAACACCUGAAGAGGAGGAGCCAAACCUCACCUCAUGUAAGAGCCCAGCACACUUACACAGUGAAAGCCAAACUCCAUCUGCUAAUGCAGCUGAAAGCAGAGAUCAUAAUGAAAUGGUGAUUCUUGAUGACGCGAAUAUUAAAUCCACACACUUCAGGUCACAGCCUCCUCUCUCUAAAAAAACAGAGCUCCCAUCUGAUGUAAUAAAAGAGAUUGUUUCACUCCAGCCAACUGAGUCUCUACCUAACAACGACAGUGGGUCAGAAUUCAAAGACAUCCCAAUCAUGAGCAAUGUCACUGAAGACAAUAGUGUUAUAGAAACUGAUUAUUGCUCAAACACUGAAAUGGAUAAUCAACCAAUGGCUGAGGAGACCUGUGAGAACCAGAAGCUAGAGGACUAUGGGGAUGAAAUCCUUGAAGCCAAAAGUGCCCUCCCUGAUCAUACAGAGCAUCUAGAUACUACCAUUGAUGAGCAUACAGAGCUUCUAAGGACUUCCAUUGAUGAGCAUACAGAGCUUCUAGAUACUACCGUUGAUGAGCAUACAGAGCUUCUAAAGACUUCCAUUGAUGAGCAUACAGAGCUUCUAGAUACUACCGUUGAUGAGCAUACAAAGCUUUUAGAUACUUCCAUUGAUGAGCAUACAGAGCUUCUAGAUACUACCGUUGAUGAGCAUUCAGAGCUUCUAGAUACUACCAUUGACAAGCAUCCAGGGCUUCUAAAUACUUCCAUUGACGAGCACACAGAGCUUCUAGAUACUUCCAUUGAUGAACAUACAGAGCUUCUAGAUACUACCAUUGAUGUGCACACAGAGCUUCUAGAUAGCACCAUUGUUGAGCAUACAGAACUUCUAGAUACUUCCAUUGAUGAGCAUCAGGAGCCAGUGGAGGACAUCAGUCUCAAUGCUACGUCUGUGAGCCAGCCCUCGAAUGGGUCCAACCUAGCAGACCAGGAAAUGGAUGUCAACUUGGAUAAUAAGCCUGAAGAGGUAGAAAAUGCAUCUGAGGAACAAUCCAUAUACGUCCAAAGUAACUGUAAGAGUGUAUGUCCCUCACCAUCUGCAAAUGAACAGACGGAGGACAGUUCAACAUGUGUAAUGAAGGAAGACAACAUUGAAUCCAAAAGUACAAUACAGAACAAAGUGAUAAGUCAUACAGUUUCUCUGAGGUGUAGCCCCCCCGUGAAUGAUAUUACCAAUCAAUCAACCCAUGUCUUCAUGGAGACUGUCGCAGUUAAGCCUUGCAGUCCACUGUUGAUGGAAACCAAUACAGAACAUGCUAACCACACAUCACCCUUUUCCAACAUUGACUCAGAUGAUGAAAGCACCAUGUUGGUCAUUGCUGAGUGUGACAGUGACCUUGACAGUGAUGCACACAUGGAACAUACACCUGAGGACAAAGAAACAGAAAUGGAACCUGAAUGUGAGGCCAACCAUAGACAAAGAGAAACGAUUCCAGAAGUUGAAAACAUCCAGGAACAAGUUCCCUUACAUCUCAUGGCAUCUCCCCAGCACUCACCAUGCAAAGAGGAUUUGCAGAUGGACGAAAGGCUGGAUAUUAUUCCAGAGGAUGCUCCUCCAUCCAGUCCUGUUCUACCAGCUUCUCCACACACACCUGUGGACAACUCUAACACACAAGAACAAGAACAUCCACAGCCAAUCACAUGCAAUAAUAUAGAUACUAUGCCAGCCUCAAUCCAAUCUCCCAAGGAGGAAAAGUGUGACGACAUAAAUGCCAAAGAAGCACUGCAUAUUGAUGACUCAUUGACCAGAAGAGCUGAGAUGGAGUACUCUUUAGUAAGUCCUCCUCAACUGGACUUGGGAAUCACAGAUAGUAAAAUAUGUAGCACUGACGCUUGCAUUCCUUCCCCUCUACCCUUGACCAUUGCAACAGAGGAAUCUGAGGCAAUGGAGGCCCUUACGAAGAGAGUCUCUGUAUCACUGUAUGAUUUCAAAUUAAGCCCACUAAACUACAAUUACAUUCCAGAUGAGCCUCCACAACUGAGUCAGUUCGAUUACACUCCUAUCUCCCCAGCCAAUGUGGAUGAGGAGGAACCAGCCAUCAAGCAGAGCACCAAGGACGACUGUGAACCUUGUGAUCGCAGUGAUGACACGACAUUAACAUCAGACAAAAGACUGUGUGACAUAGAGACAGAGGUACCUAUGAGUCCAGACCAUACAGCCAAGCUAAGUCCACCAGAUGAAUCUUUGAACAAGAGCAACAUCCAAAAUGACAUAAAAUGUCCAUCCAUUUUACUGGGUCUUCCUUCUCAGAACACUGCUCCGUCCACUGGCGAUUUGGACAUUUGCCCGGCUCCCCUUCAAACGAUUGAUUAUAUGGACUUACAUGUUGACUUGCUGAAGAGAGUGGAUCCAGAGGCCCUGGAUAUGUAUAAGGUCCCUAGUGAGCUGAACACCCUUGCUUUUAUAAAGGACAUCUCAGAUAAUCAGCACACGCCCAAACCACUGAUCAUCUGUGAGAAUGAGCCAACCCCAUUACCAUCAGACCAAACAGAAUCACUAACAGUUGAGGAAGGUCAGUGCUCAGUAACCCACCAGCAAGAGGAAGAAACCACCCAGAAAAAGAUACAUCUGUGUGAGAUAUGCUCAAUGUGUUUCCGGACAGUGCCAGGAUUGAAGAGACACAAGGCCAUGAAACAUUUGAUCAGGACUGAAAGAAGCCCAAUUUUGGAAAAUGCAAAUCAUCAAGGGAGUCUACACAGUUACCAAACAUCCCAGUCUAUAGAAACAGGAAAUAAAGAGGAUCUAGAGCUCCUGGUUCCACACACCUGUUUGCAAACAGAAAGGAAUGAGGUUUCUGAGAAUCACUGUCCUGUGACAAGUAAUAGCUCCUUCGUAACCAAACAAGGAGAAACAAAUGUUAUCCUGGAGAACAUUGCAAGUGAAACAAAUAUGGCAGUGCCAGCUGAUGACAUAGUCCAGCAAAUGCCUCCUCAGUUUACAAAAGCGAAGAAAAUCUACAAAACACGGAAGAACAGAAACAAGGAAGUGAAUGUGAAGCCUGACCCAUUCUCUGACGAGCUUCUCAAUAUAUUGAAAACAGACAUAUUACAGGCUAUUACUCCUGAAUUUCAAACCCAGGCAAAGCAAGGAUGCUGCAAGUCACCAGAGAAACAAGACAUAAUCAAUUAUCUUGUUAACCACAAAGUUACAGAGCAGGAGGAAGUCCCGUUUACUGUAACAAGUAACAAUGACAUUGAACAGAUGCCAAUGUCUCCAAUGGAGCUUACAAAUCUGGCUAUGGUCUUGACUCAAAGCAACAAUGAUACAGAAGAGGUGAAAAGCACAAAUCUGCCAGAGAUCAUCAAUGGAGUAGCGGAAGUUAGUAUGGGAGUAUCUGUAAGUAAGGACAUUAGUAGAGAGUAUGAUAUGUCUAGAGAGAAUUUGCAAGACACAAAAGAGGCAUGUGAGCAACAAACUAAAGAUGAGAGUAAUGCCAAAGAGAUACUGGGAGAGGUUGCAGUAAAGAUUGAAUGUGAGAAAAACAGUGGCCCGACAGAUGAGGUGGAUAAUCUCUCCUGUUUUAAAUCUUCUCUUGCAAGCCCUCCUAGACUAAGUGCUGAUUUGAAUGGUUUUCUUGAUGAUGAAAGCACAUUCUCCCAGUUAUUCCCCACUAGAAAUGAGGAACUGAAAAGGAAAAAAUUUGCAAAGGUUUAUGGUAAGAAGAACAAGAAGCAGAAACUAUCAACCGAUUCACCGUUAGUUCAAGAACAUCCUCCUCCUGACCUAUAUCUCGAAAAGAAAGAUGACUAUACAGAAAAUCAGAUAGACCAAACAUUUGUCAACAAUCAAAAUGACCCUUGUGAAUAUGAAACAAUAUCCAUUGACGAUGCUAUCAUGUUGAACAUGUGUCAUAAUAGCACAUUAAAGAGUGAUUCCAAAAAAGUAUGUAGCAUGAAAGGAGACACAACAGACCACAAAGACAAUCAUGAGAAUGGUGUGGACUAUGGCAGUGACUUCCUAUGCCAACCUGAGAGCACUAUCGACAAAGCAUCAUUGGCAUGGAGUGCCUCCAACGACUCUGUUACAGAUACUGUGAUCUCCUCUGACCAAACUUCCUUUAAAGCAGAAGCCCCAACCCCACCAUGUCCACUUCCUAUUAUAGCCUCUUCUGCACCUUAUCCUAGAGAGCCAUGUGCUACAGACAACGUGUCUCCUUUCCACAGCAUUGACAUCCCAAACCUCAAUACCACAUUCCAGCUACCAGAAAUUCAAUUAUUUGACUCCAACAAGGACAUCCCAUUAGAAAGACCCGUUGCCACUGAUUAUGCGGAGACCAGAGACACUGCAAAGGCCAAGAAGCUCACAGAACACAGGGGAAGGAAACGACAAGAGGGCAGCGUGAAGAUCAAGGACAAACAGUACAAGUGCAAGGUGUGCUUCACCUGGUUCCUUACCCUGGGGGAGCUCAACUUCCACAAGUUAUCCCACAACCCCUCUCCACCUCCCACCUGCUACAUGUGCGUCCAGCGCAAGUUCAGCUCCCGGGAGCAGCUGAGGGACCACCUGAGGGAGAAACACGCCAAGAACAAGGCCGGCAUCUGGACCUGUGGCAUGUGCCUGAAGGAGAUAUCAGACGUGUGGAUGUACAAUGAGCACUUACGGGAACAUGCCACGCAGUUUGCCCGCAAGGGCCAGUCACACAGCGCUAUCCUGGGGAGUCUGCCGGGCUCUGGCAUGCAGGAGUCAGCCGUGAAGAACUUCAUCACCUCCAUCAUGCAGCGCCGCCCCAGCAAGGCCAGCAGAGAGACCAGUAAGGUCUCCAACAAGGAGAAACUAGCCAUAGUAGAAAACACAGAGCAGGUGAAAACUACAGAGGUAGCUCAGCCCAAAGUUGUCAAGCCUAAAGGGAACAGUGAAAAAGUGGGGAAACCGAGCACGCUGACACCAGUUGAGGUUCUGCACAAUACAGAGCCAGUGCCAAAGAAUGUGGAGAUGCACCCCAACUGUAAAGACCCCUCGAGAGACUGCCACCACUGUGGCAAGCAGUUCCCCAAACCCUUCAAGCUUCAGAGGCAUCUGGUUGUGCACAACUUAAAUAAGAUUUUUCUGUGCCACAAAUGCCCAGUAACCUACCAGGAGCCACAGGAACUAAAAUAUCAUCUGAAGAAUGAGCAUGAGGAGGUGGAUGAGCUUGACUCAAAGCAUACCACCCUCUACACCUGUGAGCUGUGUGCAGAUGUCAUGCAUGUGAUCAAGAAAUCUUUCAUCUGCAGCACCUGUAACUACACCUUCUCUAAGAAAGAGCAGUUUGACCGACACAUGGAAAAGCACUUGUCAGGAGGGAAUAAGAUCUUCAAGUUUAGAGGCGUUCUCAGGCCUAUCAAGACAUCUCCCUCCAAAGAGAACGAUGAGUGUGAAUUGCCAGCGAACAAAAAGAGAAAAAUCCUUACUGACAUUCUACAAGAGAACAGCUCUGACAGUGGCAUCGCCAGCAUAGCCUCACUGCACUUACAUAAGAGUGCUGAGAUGCCAGUUCUGAAACUCUCUGUACACACAACAGAGGACUCUACACAGACCAGUGCAGGUGAAUAUCAUACUGACAAUUAUGCCAGUGUGAAGACGGAGGACAUGGCUGAGGAAUACUCUGACAUGCUGGUAGAGCUGGAGCAUUGUACGUUUCACCUGGGCUCGGAAGGUCUCUCAACUGCUACACCCAAAACAGAGGACAUUGAUCCCAGUCCUUCACCUAAGCUGCCUGUUAGAGACAUUGGUGAGGCCGAUGGCAAAUCAUUCACAGAGCCAUGUGAUGUGAAAGAAGAGCAUGAUCCACUUGAGAGCAGUAUAGCUGAAAAGGAAAAGGAGUGCUUUGCCAAUGCUAAGCAGAGCACUCCUGAGAGCAGCAUACAGACUACCACAGCAGAAGUUGAAAAGAAGACACAGAGGACAGAUUCCACGGCAUCGGAUGAGGAGUUGUAUGUUAGUUUCCGCGAAAACCUGAUCAACAGCUCAAUGACACCCGAUACACAUGAUAUCCACCAUCCUCCUACAAAGCAUAAAUCAUCUACCGUUGUGAUGGACCAAAUGAGGGAGGGUGAGCUGGGGCAACAGACAACCAGCCGUCACAGCCAUGACAACAAGCAGAAUGACAAAACCUCCACACCCAAGCCCAGUGAAAACACUAAACACAGCUCCAACAAUAGCCCCAGGGCCAUGGAGUCAACACCAGUCCACCACACUAAGAUCACUUCCCAGGGCCCGGCAUCCAAUGAGGACAAAGACUCUGUGAGAAGAGAACAGAAGAAGAGGAAAGAGAUGAGGACACCUCACAGUUUACAGAGGGUCUCCUCGUCUGCCACACGGGAGAACCUUGCUGCCGACGUCAAGACCAAAAAUAAGUUCCGUCCCAGCAAGUGCGAGAGUCCGGCAGUUCACAGGAAAUCAGACGGCUCCAGUGAAUACCCGGUGCUCUCUUCAGUGAAAGAAGAUGUGGUCAGCAACAAAAUAGUCUCCAAGCACAAAACAUCAGGGAGUCUAGGCCUUCAAGCAAAGAGAAGCUCCCUCGAUAACUGCACGCCAAGGAAAGCAGAGAUGGUGCAUCAUAUUAAUGGGGAUUACAAAGCCAAAAAAGGGCCUCUUGGACGGCCUCUUCAUUACCCAGUUUCUAAAGUGUCAGCGCUUCCUAUGAACAAUUCCUUGAAUAAGUCUAGGCCAAAGACAGGGGUGAGGUCCAUGGAGAGCCACUCCUAUAGGACAGCAGAGUCACAGAACAACCUCCUGAGCCAGCUGUUUGGCCAAAAGCUCACCAGUUUUAAGAUUCCUUUGAGGAAGGACACUUCAGAACCAAUAAACUGAUUGUGGGAAGGAUCUGUGGGAUAGAAAACAAAGAGACUGAAUAGUUGUUCACGUUAUUGAUGAUCAAGACAAUUCAUGACCAUGAAUGAGAUUGCAUGGCUCUCUGUGAAAUGUUUGUCUAAAUAAUUAUGUUGUCACUUUAUGUCUUCUUCUCUUGUGAGGAAUAAUGGCAGAGAUAAUUUUAUUAAUCUAGAAUGAAAAUGCUAGUAGGGCAAAUCAUUGACUAAUUCCUGCUAUUCUUAGGUUGAACAUUAUCUUUUUCAGAGACUAUAUUUCAUUAAAAAAAUACAAAAAGAAUACUUGAAAAUAAAACAGAUUUUUCUUCUCUUUUUUUUUACAGCUAAUGCAUGUCAGUUUCACAAUCAAAAAGUGUUCAUAGAGAAUAUUGCUUUUUUUAAUGCAACAGGACCAAAUGUCAUCCCAACGGACUUGGACUAUGUCAGUGCACCUUUUGUAAAUGCUUCUCCAAAAAUUACUCUUUUUGUAUUUUUACCUUACUGUACUUCAUUGACAUUCAUUAUAUUAGCUUUUGUAUAAACAUGAAUUGGUGCUAUGUUAUUCUUUAUUGUAAUGUGAACGCCAAUGUCCUCUAACUGAAGGGAACAUGAGAUCUGUAGCAGUUGCAUUCAUCCAACCGUUUGUGCUGGUUCUCUGUAGUUUCUUUAAAAAAAUGUAAAAAAAAAAAAAAGACUGUGUAAAACCUCCUCCAACAAAGUAUUCAUCUGUACAUCCUUAGGAAAGAAAAUUAGGAAAGCUUGCAUCUGUACAAACUCAGGUGCAUCCAAGGACUAUUCACAGUCCUGAGACCUGUUUUAGGAGCUCCUCCCAUGCACUGAUAUUACCACACAAAACACACACUCAGUCCUCCGUGUCUGUCCUCCAACUGUUUAAUUAUGAAUAUUAUUUACUAAGACAAAAAAGGUGCUUUAUCUUGUUUAUAUGUAUCUUAUAUUGUAUUAUAUUGUAGGUAGAAGAUUUCCUGGUGCAAUGCUCAAUGUCAAAGUUUUAUUUUAAUAAUGUGCAACAGAAUCAGAGAGAGAGAGAGAGAGAGAGAGAGAGAGAGAGAGAAAAUACAUGGAAAUGCAAUGCCUCUUGUAUUGUAAAGUGGUUCACUUAGUGCCUCUUUUAAAGUUGGUUAUUAAAAAUAUGCAUUGGUU